AAAGGGGCUUGAUGGGGACCCAGGGACACAAGGUGCACCUGGCGAAGCUGGAAGAACGGUAUGUUGAUUCACCUGUGUCUAAAACUCAAGAUUUGCUUUUCAUUUCUAAAAAUCAGUUUGUUGUUUUGAAUCAGUUCUUGGUUGAAUAACAGAGAGGCGAGGGCGCCAGAUCAUUAUUUAAUACUGUUAAAAGGUGGUUUAUUAAGACCUUUAUAUUUUUCUCCAAGUGCCUCCACAGUGUAGGAAAUACUGUUUCGUGGACCCAAAAUACAAUUUUCUCCCUGGGGAGCAUGCUCCGGACCGCCCCUAGAAUUGCGACUUGCAAAUUAUUUAGUCCCUCUCAAAAUAAAAUUCUGGCGGUGCCACUGAAUAGAGGGUUCGAUUCUUGCGGAAGUCGUACUGCUAAGAAGAUGCAAUCAAAUUACAAGAUUGGUUUCAAAAUGAACACAAUAAACUAUGUAUUCAAUGUAAUAAUUAUCAUAAUAUCUUCCUUGCCUUAUUCAUUCUGUUGACGUUUGAUCAUCUGUGUAGGGAUAUGAUGGUGAGGUUGGUGAGCAAGGUUUAAAAGCAAAGUCAGGAAAAAAGGUAAGAUUUCCCAUUUUUCCCAAAGUUUAAUAACGACAUAAUAAGUACUAUUAUACUUUCAUAUUCUGUCCUUGUAUAUUACCUGGUUAAUAGACAAUUCCAUUUUAAUUUAUGCGCGCAGGGGGUGAAGGGAAGUAAGGUAUCAUAUUGCUGAUUAUGCUGAAAAAUUUCAAUAAAAACUGCCGAAACAACCGAAAUAUUUUAAUAUUUACAAGCAUAAGUUAUCAACCCGUGUUUACACGGCCGCCAUUUUUAUUUUUUCAGCAUAAUCAGCAAUAUGAUACCUUACUUCCCAUCUCCUCCUCCACGCAUAAACUAAAGACUGGAAUUGCCUAUUCUUGCCUGCAUUUCAAGCCGUAAAAAGUGAUACUCUAAAUUGACUCAGUGGAAUUUUUAUUAACCAUAAAUACAAUCUUUCAUACAAUCAAUAAUACAGAACAAGUUUUAUUUACACUCACUUGUUGCAGGGUGCAAAGGGCCUCCCCAGAGGAGCUGGAUCUAAAGGAAGACCGGUGAGUUGUCAAAACAAAAUUAACGUAUAAAGGGUAUUUUCUAUAUAUUCACAGCAUCUUUUCUAAAGGACAAAAUCAAUUGGCUAUAUAUCCAGAAUAUCAAACUUCGUCUCGUUCACUCAGUAUCGUUGUUUUAGCGACAAGUCACUGCAUGUUGUAACAAGCACUAUUGUACCGAUUAAAGGAAUUUACUGACACUUCAAUUUAAUUACAGUUAUUGAUAAUUUUACCAAUUUUUAUUACGAACUAUAUUCGAUUAUUAUUACACUGUAGGUAUCAAGGUAUGUAUUCCGACUUACGCCUGUAUUCUAAAAGCUCACUCACACUCACACUCAAUGAGUGGAGUUUAAAUCUGAGCUUCUCUUGAGUGUCAAUGCUGUUUUGGAAUAGCUGGAUGGUGAGUAGUCACAUAGUAAGGUACGACACUAACCAUCCAUCCAUCCAGCUAUUCAAAAACAGCAAUGACACUCUAGCUAGAGAAGCUCUGAUUGAACUUCCACUCAUUGAGUGUGAGUGUAAGUGAGCUUUUAGAAUACGGGCGUUAGAGUUAAUUUUAGGAUUCGCAGAGAAAUUGUGAGCGUGACUUGUACGUUUAUAUAAUAUAUAUGUUCCAGGGUAGAAGGGGCGGAAGAGGACAUCCUGGGGCAAUGGGAGCCAAAGGCGAUCAAGGUUUGAAGGGAUAUCGAGGACAUCAAGGAAGAACUGGACUAGAGGUAAAAAGAUAACAUUACAAACAGCACAACAUUUAAGCCUACUAGCCUAGUAUUCAUAGCUUCCUAGUUUUGUCAGCAUAAAGGAUAAAAUAAAAAUAAUAAUUCCAAAAUCAAAUCAAAUUCCAACUUCAUUGGUCAUAGAGUAAGUUAUCCGCCACAAUCUUUGGCUUCGGCGGAUCUCAUUGCUUCAGUGUAGAUAAUAUUGAAAUUACAAUCAUCCAAAAAUGUUAAUUGUUUUAUAUAUAGGGACGCCAAGGUAAUCCAGGCCUGCUGGGAGAUAUGGGACCCAUGGGGUUUGUGGGGUACCCAGGAUGGUGGGGAAGAAAGGGGGAUAUAGGAGGUGCUGGAGAAAAGGGGGAUAUGGGAGUACGUGGUAGCGAUGGUGAAGGAGGUUUAGAUGGUAGACAAGGAGAACCUGGAAUGAUGGGACCUAAAGGCGAACAGGUAAAACAUACAUAAAUAUAUUCUGUAUUUCCGUUCCCGCUCGCUACUCUGGUUUGUUAAAUUAGACUUACACUGUAAAUUAAUAAAAGCAUUCCCCGGGAAGACUCGAAAGUCAUUACCACAAACGUUGGUUAUAUGACUAGAGGUAUUGUGAAACAUGAACUAUCAUAGAGAUAACCGGGUGUAAGCCAUGUUCCGCAACAGUAGUCUACCUCCAACUUGUCGGUCGGUGAGACGAUCUCCGGAGUACAGUAUAUAAGGAGCUAGGUCUUAACUUUUGAUCAUCCCUGAUGGAUACACCACAUCGAAUUGUCAUAAUGUGUGGUCGCGAAUGAAUAUUUCAAUGUAAUUCGACUAGAGCUUGCACUCAUUUAUUCGACUUUGCAGAGAAGCGAGGGAAAACAUUUCUACGUUUGCUCUGAAACGAAACAUAUAUUUUAUUACGAUCAGGGAAUGAUCGAACAUGAUUAAAGUCGCACUAACCUCAAAAAUUAUUUUGGUAUGAGUAUAACAUUGGGUAUUCUAAGAAGAAAUAUAUACUUAAAUAACUCAUCUUGCUUAACUGUUUCACUUUCAAAGUUGCUGAAUAUGUUGUAGUUAGAUGAAUUUCAGCAGCAUAAAACAUACAAUUGCAUUUGCAGUUCAUUUAAUGACAUCAUAUCUGGCACUUCUAUACGGUGAAAAAUUCAAUUAAAAUUAGGUUUUUCCCUACACACAUAAUGAUGCUUUAUGGGGGGCUUGUGCAAUCUAUAACAAGUUGUGGAUAUACCUACUUGACUAUACAUCCUUAUAAAUUUAUAUGAUCCUCCUUUUCUUCCAGUUUUCACAUAAAACGUGGUCCUCCAUUCAAAUAUUGACCCGCUCCCUAACCACCGUGGAAGGAGAAAUUUCCGAAUUUCACUUUUGUUAUCAUUUUUUUUAUUUUUUUUAAUUUUCAUUCUGUUCUUUUCAUGUUUCAUGUUUGUAUGAUUUAGGGUGAUGCAGGUCCUGCAGCCGUGGGCGCGCCAUCUCAUGCUGUUGGAGAACCGGUAUAGUAAAUAAACGCAUGUAUAAUCAAAAUUAUACAAGUGAUUGUAUUACUUAAAGUGCUAAAACAUUUUAAAUAAAAUAUUUUCAAACUUAAGGAGUGGACCAUUGGAUAUUAUCCUGAGAGAGGGGAGGAGAAUUUUUCCUUCGAAGAAUUUUUAAGUUUAGAUCUUAGUUUUUAUGGUGUAGAAUCUGUGCAGUAACAUCCUUUUACAUAUUUCUGAAUAUUCAAUGAAGUUGCAAGAAUUUGUUUAAAUUCUUUCCCUAAAUGCUUGCGUGACUUUUUUCAAACCCACUCUUAUUUGCAUGAACUUUUUUGGGAUCUGCCACCCGCCUCCCACUGGCCCCUAAGAAGACCCAAUAAUUUAACACAUAUUGAUAGCUAACUGUGAAUCAAUUGGAUGUCAAUCGGUAUAUAAACAGAUACUAACUACUAAUGUCUCUUGAUUUUAAUUGAAUGUAUUUUUUAAUAAUACAAUUUGACAAGCUAAUUUUAGCACAAGUAUUUUGAUAAUAUAAAUUUGGUAAUAAUUAUACGUUACUGUGAUCAAGCGUAUCAGUUUCAUCUUUAUAUAAUAUUUGUUCUUUACCUAUAAUAGUAACUUGAAUAUUUUUGUCCUCCAUGUAGGGUAUCACAGGAGUUCCGGGUAUUCCUGGAGAACCAGGAGAGAAGGUGCAGUACUUUAAUCUUUAUAUUCCUUAUAUUUCUUGCUCGUUGCUUUCUUUGUGUAGCAAUUAAAAGAUAGUCAACAUGGCAGUAAAUUUUGAUCAGGGCAAGCGCCUAACGUGCAUUUUCACCUGUCCACAUAGUAAGAUACAGAUGAGGAUCAUUUCUUACUCUUUGAUCUCGCACUGCUUUCCCCGGGUUUGCUUGGGAAAAUAAGUUCAUGAUUGAUAAUUUUAGUAAGAUAUUUUGCUUAGGGUUAUUGGAAUAGACCUUUCCUGUAAUUACGUCAUGACUAACACUGUUUUCAACUUAAGUUUGUUUCUCACGGGCUAUGGUCGAAGGAACAGAAUAUCCUUCUUCAACACAUGCACAAAAUAAGAAUUUUGGAUUUUGACCAAUAAAUGUGGAAAUAAGCUUAAACACGAAAACGAGGCUGAGGGGCCAAGAGGGGCUAUCCUCAGCCUCGUUUUCGUGUUUAAAUUAACUUACUUCCACAUUUAAUAGUCAAAAUCCAAAAUUCUUAUUAUUACGCUUUCUAGGGAGAUAUAGGUGUCCCUGGACUUCCUGGAGAAGAAGGUGACAAAGGACCAAUGGUAAGGAUUAUUAGUGAAAUUAUGACACAGUAGAUGCAGCAAAUGUCAAGAUGGUUCGAGAACGUUAGCAUUAUUAUAAAAUUCAACUGAUGACACGCCUCUUGAACAUCGUAAUAUAACUGAAUUUAUCGUUUUGGGGCCGAUAGUUCAAAGAUCAAUUGGUGCUAAUCUUUGCCUUUGGUUAAUCCACUAUUCUGGUUUGUGCAUGUUUUCUUUUUUAAAACUUUAGAAACAAAAAGUUACUAUGUAAGGAGAAAUUUCUCUUAUAUACCGUAUAUGCACCUUUCAAUUAUUGAUUAAUGAGACUUUGACAUAAAAAAGUCUCUAUAUAUAUAUUUUCGAAUCAUUAUGCAAAUAAUGUGUUUAUUUGCAUUAGGGCGAAACUGGACCUAAUGGUGAAAAUGGAAAUGCGGGUUCCGAUGGAAAGACGGUAAGUAAAUGGGGAAAGUGUUAGCUUUAGGGUUACUUCAAUUGAGACAGAGCUAAGAUUAGAGGCAAAGUUAGACCUACAGUAAGCCACUCUAAAUUUCCCAGUGUUGCUAUCUCACCAAAAUGGUGCAAUCAUUGCAGCUCUGUAGACAACUAUUUAGUACAGUGUAAUAUAAUUUUUGGGAAACACCAAAUUUACACCCAAUAUAUAAAGUGUAUUGAAGCACAUAUAACACUUAUUGGCUGUAAAUAUCAAGAUUGAUGAGAUAUUUGGUGUUUCCCGUUUACACUAAACCAGUGUCUAUAAGACUAUAGAGUUGCAAUGAUUACACAAUUUUGGUGUUGUAGCAACAUCCAGAAAUAUAGGGGCAAGUCUCUAUAGCAAAGGUGACCUACUUCCGGAAGAGUGUAUUAUCGUAAUCAAAUAUUUACUUUUAAAACUAAAUGUUGUCUUCCUGUUGUAUUUAUUAAUAGGGAGAUCCAGGUGAUCAGGGUUCAGGAGGGAAUGUUGGCGUUUUGGGAGCUAAGGUAUACUUCAGGGGUAUAGCGCAUGCAUGUACUUUAGUUUGAACGCUUAUUCAAUUGACUGGAAUUCAGACUCUCAUCUCUGAAACUACAAUAGGGUACUACUGGUGAUGCUGGUAUUCAAGGUAUUCAAGGAGCAGCUGGACCUCAGGUACAAAUUUGGUAGUUCUGUUGACUAACAUUAUUAUCGACUAUAAUCAGUGCCCUUUGCAGCUAGGCCAAAGUCUCUUUGCAUAACAAUUAUUGUACGGAGAACAGCCAGAGCAGGCAAAAAGUAUACUCUUGUUUUGCUCCUUUAGUGCUUCCUUUACGAUCUUGCUAUUUUGUAUUACAUCAACUCAGUUGUCUGAUUAACCUUGUAUACAGUAGACUUGCUCCAAAUCGACAUCCAAACAAUUGACUUCCGCAAAUUUAUUACUCAAAAAUUCCUUCAUUACGAGGACCUAAACUCCCUUUCAUUCCCUUUCAUUUGUUUGCUGUUGUAUUUGUUCAUGAGUUUUUAUUUCGUAUAUACUGGUAUAAACUUGUAUAAACCCAGUAUGUGACCCUUGAUUUUAGGGUGAUAAUGGCGGUAGAGGUAUUCCUGGUGAGGAUGGAGAAGAUGGCGAUGAGGUUAUUGUUUUCUAAUUAUGAUAAUUCUUUUAAUUAUUACCAUUUUAAAUUAGUAUGGUUUUAACCCUGCACAGGGGAAGAUGACCUGUUUUUACGGCAGAAAUGAGAUGUAGGAAGUUUCUAUUAGAAACGAUUGAAAUUACUCAGAGAGGAUAAACAGUUGAGAUUGGAUUAAAACUAUAGAAAAUUGUUCAAUUAAAUGAAAAACGUUAGCCAUGCCGAUGUACUAUAUACAUUUGUGUUUAUUGUGCAGGGAGAUGAGGGACUGCAAGGAGCAGUUGGGGCAAAUGGGCCAGAUGUAAGUAGAAUGUACAUUAUCAAUUCAUUAUAUGUAUGUUGAUUGUAUCAUCAAGAUUUAGUACAAGUCUAACUAACAAAAAAACAAUCGCCAAAGAUUAAUGCGUAUUAAAUCAGUGAGUGGUUUAAUAUAAAGUGGCAGUGGUGAUGAAUCAUUGAACGUUGUUUCGAGCGCUGUUAAAAAAAAAGUAUAAAAGAACAAAGAAAGUGUGGUUAAGUUAGACAUAGUACGGGCAAAGUUCCCUUAUGAAAUAUUGAUGAUUGAUACAUCUUGUAGGGCGAUGUUGGUGCGCCUGGGGGAGUUGGGGAGAAUGGUGUCAGAGGAAUGACUGUAAGUAUAACUUAACCAAAUGUUAAUCUUGACUAGAUUAAAAUGAUCGUGAGAAAAAAUGCUGAACAUCAACUUCGAUGAAUUCUACAUUGCAUUCCUUUUAGGGAAGUGUUGGUGAUACAGGAGAGCGGGGAGUAGCUGGUGCUGAGGUUUGCAUGAAUAUUCCUUUUAUAUGAUAUUUCCGACAGAGACACACAUUCCCAACACGUUUGGAGGGAGGGGUGUUGCCCCUUGUCCAGGGACCAACUUUUGAUAUUUGUUUAGCCAGUUUUCCGACGUUGGCAACGAACUUAUGAAUUUCAGUGCGAACUUUCGUGCGAAAUUCUGAACUUUGGGUCGAUUUUCGGAUUUUGUGAAGUUUGAAAUUCAACUCAGGUUUACUUCGACGAAAGCCAUUUGCUUUUUUCGGUUAUUUUACUUCAUUCUAAUUUACAUUAAGGGAAAACCUUAUCAAAUUUUCCUGCAACAAAGACGCUUGGUUGAAGUUCGGACUAUUUGAAUUUUGAGAUUCACGAAUUCCAAAAUUCGCUUCAAACUUUGGAUGAACGCGAGUAAAUUCGCAACGCCAAUUUUGGAACAACGAUUUACGAACCAAUUUCGGAAAGCCUUUUGCGUGAAAACAUGCAUGCACGCAAGCUUGCAUAUAGAGUUGUUCUAACAAACCGAUAUCAUGUUGUGUUCACAACAUUGCUUCAGUUAUACAUUUAUUUAGCUUUAACCAGGAGCAGCUGCGAAAAAUGCAACUAUAGGCCCUCUGGCAUGCAGCCUUAGAGCUCAACAAUUGGACUUUGAGUCUCUGUAGUUCAAAACCAGGUUUAAUAUCUAAUCAAACAUGUUUUCGCUCGCUGCUAAAGUGAAUGCAUUGAUGCCUUGUAGGGUGAAGCUGGAUUAACUGGAUCAAGAGGUCUUUACGGUGCAAAAGGCAAACAGGUACGUAUAUAAAUUAAUAAAUUUAUUCCCUUCGUUUAGUCGUUACUUGCGGUCUUUUCGCAUAAAGGCAGAGCGUGUUACAAUACUAAACUUUCCAAACCUAAAAGAUAGAUUAUCAAAUUCAAUUUUUUCAAACACAAAAAUGUUCAGCUGUAAAAACUAUUGCUCGCUUGGAAAAACAAGGCAUGUGUUAUAGCUGCGUUCUAUCAAACACAUUUUGCUGAUAUUUACUGUCUCUCGACGGUCUGUGCCAAUGUAGAAAGAGACGAUAACAGGAUAACUGUGGAUUGCAAGAGAUACAACUAUCUGAAAAAGCAGACCCUUCGUGCCUAUAGAUCAAAUGAAAGUACACUAUAGGUGUCUAUAGUGGUGUACAGUAAAGCAAGUGACUAUAGAUUAAACGAAAGUACAAUAUUUUUGUUUUGCCUUGCGUAUAGGGUAGAGAGGGUGAACAGGGGAUUGGAGGUGCACCAGGUGAUCAAGGUCCAAAGGUAUUUUGAAUUUCUAUGCGUGUAAACGUUUUCUAACUCAUUUCAAUUUGCAAUUUAACUAUGUCUACUUUUCAUAUACAAUAUAUAUAUUCUCAAUUCUCAAAUACUGUCCAGUUAAUUGUCAAAUUUAAAUCUUGCACAACAAUAAAUAACAUUAUUAUUUGGCAAGCAUCACUUCCGGUGAAAUGGCGGACUGUGAUUGGCUGAGAAGCGCUUUCAGCGGUCCAUUAUUUUCCCAUGGCGGUCCAUUACGUAAAGCCGGUUACAGACGAGCACGUUUUCUAUGACAAGUUUUUAUGUGACAAGUUUUAUUUGCUCGUCUGUAUGCGCAACUUUGACAAUUUUUUCUAUGACAAGUGUACUUAUUCAAAAUCUAGCAUGCUAGCUUUUGAACAAGUGCAUUUGUCAUAGAAGAAAUAGUCAAAGUACAAAUUUUGUUCGUCUGUAUGGGUCAACAAAGAAAACUUGUCAAAGUAAUCUGAGAAUUUGAUGUGAUUGGCCAGCGCUCGUGUUGUCCGCUGUACUAUUACAUUGCUGGUGACUAAUAAAUUGUCAAAGUAAACUUGUUGACACGUUCACACCAGUAAAUAAAACUUGUCAUAUGAAAAGUUGUCAUAUAAAAUUUGUUGCAUAUAUACACACGUGCACUUGGCAUAUAAAACUUGUCCGGCUUAAAAACAAACACAUGCAUUUUAAAACAAAACAGCAAAGCUAAUUGAAAAUUAUAAUUUAAUUUGUUAUUAAUAAGAUAUCUGUGAAUGAUUUUAAUUGGAAAAGGAAUGAAUACAUUGUCAUUGGUAAUUUUUGUUUUCUUCGAUCAAAUGUGUACCACGCUACUAAUAUACAUUUCAAAUCAUGCAUUUCUUGUUUGUUUCGAGUAUAAAUGCCAUAUAAUAAACUUUUUAUUAACCUCGCUUGCUCGGUCUUUACAGAGAAAUAUCGGACCUUGGUCUUUUUGUACAAACCUCGCCCUACGGGCUCGGUCUCUACAAAAAAGACCUCGGUCCGAUACUUUCUCUGUAAAGACCUCGCGCUCGGUUAAUAAGAAGUUAGUAAUUUAUGCAUAAGACUAAAAACAAAGAUUGAACCCUUAACAACCUAAUUUGCAGAAAUGUAAGUGCUGCAUUUCCGAAUAAUUAUACAUUCAUACAUCUCAGGGAUCUACUAGUCCUGAUGGCAAUGAUGGCAUAGCUGGAAUAAAAGGUUCCGAAGUAAGUGUGGAAUGAUGGUUGUUCGUUUAAUAUUUACCAAAACAUGUUCGCCAGGUGUGUAGAAAUCAGAGUUUGUCAAAGAAUGGCGAGCUGGACAGAAACUGCUUUGGGUAGGAAAAACAGUUACACAGGUAACCGGGAUUUAUCCUUAAGUGGCGAAAUUUUGUUAUGUGUGGUGGUGCCCCCUCCCCACUUUUACGAAAAAUGUGGAAAUUGGAAGUUGAUGACACCUGAAUUUCUAGGGACAAUCUGGAGAGCGAGGAGAGAAAGGCGACAUUGGAGAAGUAGGAGUGGCGGUAUGUUUUUAAUAUUGUAACAUAUCUUUUCUGUGUUGUCUUUAUUGAAUUUCAAUAAAGAAUCGCGAUAUCAGAUUAAUACCGUUAAUUUUUCAGUGUUUUGUACAGCCAUAACAAAUUCAAAUUAUGAAUGUAAGACAUAUAUUUCUUAUUAACAUUUCCGGAAAAUCAGGAUUUUGACAGCCUACUGGUUAUUUGGAUAGACAAUUAUUAUUUAUCGGCUACGACUUGUGAACUGGAUAAUAGAAUCUAUUUUUGACAUUAUCGUGAUUAAGCGAAGUGCAAGAGUAAAUUUAAUAGGCUUAUUUUCAUGUUUUGUAAAAUUGAUAAGCUAGUGUAAAUAAUGAUGCUUAUUUAAUUUUUUCAAGGGUGAUGAUGGUCAGAUCGGUAAUCUUGGAGAAACUGGAAGUGAUGGGGAGAAGGUAAGAAUAGACCUUACCGUUCACAGUCAACGAUUGUAUGCUGCAUGAUUUUUUCUCCUUGGGUUGCAGGAAAUCUUUUUUCUAAAUCUUCCAACCACCCCCCCCCCCAAAAAAAAAAGUCAAAUGGUCCGUCCCUUAAUAUAGGGGUGCCCGUAAUAGUGGGGUGCCUGCGAGACGAGAGGUAUACACUGUACACUCGAUUGAGUGAACAGUGGACAACAUCAUAGGGAUUUUACCGCCUUUGGACCCUCUAACCUACGAUAGCCAGUGGCGUUCCCUGGCAAAAUUGUUGCCCCCCUGAGAAAAUUUGGCCUUAAGAUAUGUACAAGUUUAUAAGUUAUUUAUACAUAUCUAAUAUGCAUGGUAGAAAAAGUAUUUUUGGAUGGUUGAGUCUGUGUGCGUUUUUUGAUAACAUAGCUCCAAACUAUUAAAUCUCCAAAGGCCCAUCUACAGGAUACAAGUUGUACGUACUGUAUAUACGAUGAUGUUAAUGCGAAAAUGCCAGUUUAGAGAGUCUAGAUUUUAAAACAUUUCUGAGGAGGAUGCAACCCAGACACAGGCUAUAUGUAUGAACGAUUGAAAAGCUACAGAACUAUAUUUGGUGGAGCAUUGUUAUUUCGGAGGGCAGUUAAAAAUCGCAUUAUCGAAAUCUUGUUUUAUUACAUAUUAAUCAAAGCUCAUUUUGUGAUUUUCCCUUGUUUAAAAUAAGGGACAGUAAAUGUUCCUUGGGCUCAGUACAUCAAAGUUGUUGGACGAAUCCAUGGCUAAAAACGCAGGAAAUAGCAUUUCCGAGGUUCAAAUUUUAAAAUUUUCUCGAGGGAGCAUGCCCCCGAACCCCCCAAGGUUACGGGUGAUUCAUAUACUGUACCCUCCCUCCACUUUCGAGUACGCUACUCUAUCCCUGCAUGUUUUAGGUCUUGGUGCAGUUAUACAUUUUUUUGUAAGUAAACCUACGGGAUUUAUCCUCAUAUGUUACGGUUACCAUUGAGUGAUUUUAAAAAAUACAAAACAAUGGACACUCCGAAAACGGUUAACAUUUUGAUUCGACGUUUCGACUAGCUUUCAGUCAUCAUCAGUCAUUCCUGAUGAUGACUGCAAGCUAGUCGAAACGUCGAAUCAAAAUGUUAACCGUUUUCGGAGUGUCCAUUGUUUUGCAUUUUUUAUCCUCAUAUUUCGCGCACAAUAGGGUUGCAUGCAAUAGGCGUGCGAUUGGGGUAAAAGAUCUUCAUGUGUGUCUGUCACGCUAGAACAGGAGAGCAUGGAAAUGAGGUCAUUGUUGCAACAGAAUAAACGAUGAUGUCUAUAUUACGUUUAUUUAUAGUCCAUCAAACUUAUUCGAACAGUUUCUUGUGCAGCGAUCGUGAUAGUUUCCUAUAUAAAACCAAAACACGACAACGAGUAGUUUGCAUAGCUUAAAAUAUGACUACAAAAGAUGCCGUCUCAUUAGUAUUCUUUAUAUAAGAUUCAAAAACUCGUUAAUAAUUCAUGAAGCAAUUAUCCAAUCUUGAGUAAGAAAUUAGUCACGUGCAUACGUACGUCUUUAUACCAGCUAAAGAACACUUUAACAAAAGACCAUUGUUAUGCAAACUAUAUAAAGAUUUUUAUAUAAAGAUUUUUAUAUAAAGAUUUUUAUAUAAAGAUUUUUAUAUAAAGAUUUGACUUAUUAUGCAAACGUUUUUGAAGUCAUUUAAAAAACUCGGGCUCGUGCUUUAAACCUAAUAAAACACUCCUGCUCGUUUUUUAAGUAGUACAUAUUAAUUAGGAUGAACAAUUAUAUAAUGCCACAUGUGUUUUAUCAGGUAUAAAGUCACUCCACAUGACAUAUAAUGGCUGACAUGAUUUGCCGCAAGGUUUAUGAAUUAUUAAUGAGUAUUUUAAGUAUAACAAUGAUCCGUCUAUGUGGUUAAUAUACAUAGGAUUUCCUUUACAUUGCCCUUAAAGCGUUCAUAACCAUGUUGUCCAUGAAACAGGGUAUUCUUACUAUUGUUAUAUUCUCGUGUUUCAGGGAAAUGUUGGGGAUAGAGGAGAAGUAGGAGGCACGGGAGAGAAAGUAAGUGACAUAAUUUACAAACGCUACCUUUUAUGAAUUUUAAGGUAACAGAUUUUUAGCAAUUUGAUAAAUUUGCUUGUUUCUAUUUGUUUCUUUGUUCCUUAGGGUCGAAGGGGAGAUAUUGGAUCGCCAGGACCUACUGGAGAUAAGGUUCACUUUUUUAAUAAACGAAUUCAAUAUCCGCCUCGUUCCCAGGCUCCCUCCUCUACGCUCCUAACUUGCUGGAGGGAAACGCCUGGGAUCGAGGUUGUUCAUUACUGUAAGCAGUGCACCAAAAAUUGGUUGUUUCAGAUCAUUCUGAAUCUUGGCUGUUUUAUCCAAUCUGUUUUUACAGUGUUGAGUCCUACAAUGGGCGAUUAAUGUAGGACUAACUGCGGAUUAUUCUAUCUUACAUAGGGCGAGUCUGGAUAUAAGGGUGGACAAGGAGGUGAAGGGAGUAAUGGCCAGAUGGUAUGUCACUAAACAUCUAUUUUGUAUGCGUUUGUAUGCAUGCUUUAAAAUCAUUGUCUAACGUAUACAGACCUUCAUGAAUUAUGCCAGGACGGUGCACAUUUAUUUUGAACACGGAAAGUAGGAAGUAGGAAGAAUGAUGGGAGUUUGCGAUUUUAAGAAAUUGUGGGAUACGGGAUAAGAAACAUCUAUGGAAAACAUACGGGAUAGAAAAAAAAAUUAAUACUGUGACAUUUUCUGUACAAUAUAUGCACACUACAUCAUGCAGCAGCAUUUUUAGGCAUGCAGUAGCCGGGCAUUUACAGUAGGUAGGAGGUCGUCCAACCAGUUUUUACAUGUAAUUAUAUCACACUUGCGUCGGUUUUCUUUGUUCGUCCGAGGUUUAUAACUAGCUUAUAUACCUUGAAUAAAUGAUUAGAUUAAACUUGUAGACAAAACGCGAGAAUUUUUCAUUAAAAAUUUUUGAAAAUGACAAAAUAUGUUGGAAAACCUCCGCAAGUGUGAUAUAAGUUAGUUACGCGUCCUCGGGUCAAUAUAUCAGUUAUAAACCUCCUACUCGGUUUAUAACUCUUACUAGUGUGAUAUUUCUUGAAUACCUCAAAAGUUGUCUAAUGCUAAUUACUUUAUGUAUUACGAACGUUUCGACACCUUUUUGUCGAGAAGACGCUGCAUGACAUGUUGCCACACCCAUACACGGUAUUUUCUGGACGGCCAGUUUUGACACCCAGGCAAUAGCCUGGCAGUAGUUAUAAAUAUUUUCUUAUGAUUCAUAAUCAUAUAAUUAUUACAACAGGGUGUCCCUGGACCAGAUGGUUCAUCAGGCAGUUAUGGGGAAGCUGGACUUGAGGUUUGUCUUGUAUUUUCAAAUUGCCGUCUCAAGCUGUUGUGUCUCUGGCUGGCUUUACUUCUGGUGUUUUACUAAAAUCCUGCUGUCUGUUUAUUUUAUAUAAUUUUUGCAGGGACUUAAUGGAUUAGCAGGUUUUCAAGGCCGCCCAGGAGUGAAAGGUCCACAGGUAUUAUUCAGCAACUAUUUAAUCAUACGCAACACGUACAUACUUAAUUUCAAAGACUAUACAAUCUACUGUAGAUGACUCUAAAUAUUACUUUUUACUGAAUAUGCAGGGGGGGGGGAUAAAAAUUAGUCAUGUGUUUGUCCAGUGACGUCAGUUUCUAUGAAUGUAAAAUCACAAAACAAAUUUUUGCAAUAAUUAUACAACGAUCGAAAGACAUAAAAAUGGGUGACCAUGCAGUCUACAUAGCCGUGCUUAAUCUAUUACGAAGAAGUGAUGAAUAUACAGUCAGUAAGCUUACAUCUAACAGCCAACGAAAACUUUGGACUUCCAUUGUAAUCUCUUUUUCGCCACAUACCCGUACUAGAUUAAGCAAUAAGCAUCGCUUUACUGGUUCGCUAUUAAUGUACACGCGAAACAUAUGAAGUAGUUCCUCUCAACCUAUUCCGAUUGUGACUAGCUUUUACUUUCUUGUUGACAUUCUGCUAAAAAUCAUAAUGUUAACGUAUGUUAGUAUUAUAAUCAUGCAAAAGUUGUAAUAAAAGAAUAUUAACAUAAAGAGGUUUCCUGACUUUGUGUUUUUAGGGUGAUCGAGGCAACACGGGAAUAUCAGGUGAAGAGGGGGAACCAGGGGUACUAGUAAGUAACUAUGUGCAUUCUUUUUAGAAAACAUUUAGUCCAAAUAUUUGAUGUGGGGCAAUGCAACAGGGGAUGAAAAAAUAAGAUGGAAAAAUUACACGAAAUGACACUAAUAAGUUAUAGUUAUAGGCACUGCUUUUUUACCCUCGUAUUUGAUUUUCAUAUCUGAUGCAAGGAUUCAAAUAUUAGCUGCAAGGAUUCAAAUAUUAGCUUUUCAAAUAUUUCAGGGGUCUCUUGGAGCUGAAGGUGAAAGAGGAGAUAGUGGCUUUAAUGGUUUUAAGGUUUGUAAAUCUUUAAAAUAUUUUACACUGAAGUACAUCUCUCUGCUCUACUUGGCACCAGAACCUCAACUAAUGGUCGCGUCCAGAACAAAUUACAAUUACAGUUGGUCGAAUAUUUUGUCUGGGCAAAAAUAUAUCCAUUUUCUUGUGAAAAUAUAGAAUUAUUAAAUUUAAAACUAUUUUAACUAUAGUCUAUAGUGUUUGGCAUAACAUUUUAUUUAUUCACGUAAUUUAUCGAAUGGGCGUCGGGAGUCAAAAUAAAAUCGAAAUUUUCGAUUUUUGUGGGACAUUUCAGGCUUUGCAGCACUGCAUUGUGUUGUAUUGUCAUUAUACCAUUUCUCACUGGUUUAUAACAAGGAUUUUAAUACAGCUUGUGAGUAAAGUAGUUGUUGAAGCCGAAGUGCACUUACUAUCGCAUGAAAACGAAACUUUUGUGGUAGUCAAAGACCUUGUGGUAGCAAGUAGUAUGCUAGUGAGGCUCAGCUAAUCAACUUUGGCUUUCACUAUCGCUACCAUUAAGGAACCAUUAAUCAACCAGAUGCGUUUAAUCUGCCUGAUUAACCAAUUAGAUUCGUGCUAUAUAUGUCAGUGAAUGGUAUCAGUGGUGGAAGUGGAAGUCAUGUUCCUCACACACUUGAAAAGUACAACAGAUUCUGACUGUGCAAUAAAUCGUGACGAGGCCUCGUAUCCUAGGAUACGGGAACAAAACGCGGGAAAACAAGCGAAAACUGCUUGACAAGCCAAAUGCAGAUGCUAUUGUGUCGACUUUAACGGCUUGUUUCUUGUUGCUUUUUGCAAUUUAUAACGAUUUUUGUGUGUAUUUUAAGACUUUGUUCCCACAACGAAAGCGGUAAACGAGUAUAUUAUAAAAGCGACCGGUUUUUCUCCCAUUUUUGUGUGGAAAAAAUGACAACGUAGCGAUGGUGUUUAUCCAGAAGCGAAAAACAGUAUUUUACUGAGAUUUUAACGUCAAUAUAAAAGUUAUUCCGUGAACAAUCAAUACAACUAUGGAAUGAAAGUAUAACUUUUCGAAUUUGACAUAAGUAUGAAAGAAAACAACAAUCAAAAAUCACAAGAGAACGUCAAAUGUUAUUGAUUCGUACGGAAAAAUAUGAACUAUGGCUGUGGCUCGAUAACAUUCUGCAAGCAGCUUACAAGUUUAAAAAAUGAAGGCUACAUUACCUGAGCGAGUUGUAAUCUUAUUUCUUCAACAAUAGUUUCAUAUUUCUUACGAUUUUGGUGUUGUAUAGACGUUUUGUAGCCUUGUUGGUUGUUUGUUUUGGCCAUACAAACUACGACAAUAAUACAAAGUCAAAGGUUUCCUUUUUCGAUUGACUCCAGCAUCUUUUGCUUUAAAUAUCAUGUUAUAUUUUCUCAGAAGUAUUUUUUCAACUUUCAAGCUCAGUUUUAUAGAUAUUAUUUUCGAAAAAAGCCGUAAUAUUCACGAAAAAAAGCUGCCAUAGCCGACAGCAAAAAAAAACAUUUUGUCAAUUUUCCCGCGUUUUUCCCCGUUUCCUAGGAUACGAGGCCUCAUUACGAUUUAUGAAUAAGGUCUAUACCGUAUUGUUCUAUACUACUCUUAGUCAACCCUGUACUGCGCUCCAUUGUGAUGUACAGUAGUAAUAUACCACCCUAUGCUAUUACCAGCACUGUAUAUCGUGCUGUUUCCUUCUACACAUUUUCGUACUUUUAGGGACCUAUGGGUGAUCGAGGUUCUCCGAGUAAGCCAGGGGUUGAUGGACCAAAGGUAAGUCUCGCGUUUAUGAAUGUGAUAUAAGGUCAAUUGUCGUUCGAACAAGUCGUAUUGUACUUUAUCAAAGUAAACAUUUUGAUAUGAUAUUGAAAUAUAAACUGCUGUUGACAAUUCAUGUAGCUACUGUGGUUUUGAACGUUAACUAGUUACGAGUGACAAUUUGUUGAAACGCAUUUUAAUUCUUUAUAAAGGGUCAACGAGGAUCAAUAGGAGUUGACGGGCCCAUGGGACUAAUAGGAAGAGGGGUAAGGGUUAUUUUGAAGGCUGGAUAAACGCAGAUACAUAUUGUCGCUAGUCUUUGCAAAACGUUUUUGCGCAAUCUGUUGUGGAGUGCAAUGGUUUUGCAUACCUCAUUGCUAUGAAUAUGUAAUGAUAUGUGAGAAGCAAUUUCAAAUCCUCGUUAGUGUUUUAAACUUGGCUUCCAAAUCCCCAGUGCCAUUGUUCAUGGCACUUGUAUUUAGACACCAUUUCUGAAACAUUAUCUCGCAUUUGAAAUGUUACAUCGUAAUCGUAACUGCAUGUAAAUGUUCUAUUAUAUACACAUUUACAGUGAUAAAAAUUCGCAUUUCGCGCAUGCGUACCUGGCAGUACACCCUGUGACGGAUAAACCGAGCGUGAGAAAGCCUAAUUAGAAAUCAUGGAUUGAAAUGUGUUUAUGGUAUUAUGUAAUUGUUAUGUAAUUUGUCAAAACAAAGGGAAUUCAGGGUUGAUUUUGAUUUCCUCAAGCUUACCUUUCCGUUAUAUGUAUGUAUCCUGUGGAUUUUGAAAUAAUAUUUUAUACGAAAAUGGUAUUUAGGGUUCACGAGGUGCUACCGGAGGCAUUGGUGCAAAUGGCCGUAAAGGCUCCAAGGUGAGAGGUUUUAUCUGUUUUAUUUAAUCAGCAACUUAAAUUUCUUUACUACUUUAGUCGUGUCUAAUUUCUCAAAUUAGACUAAAUGUAUUAAACUUUAUGUGUAUUAGGGACAAAGUGGUGAGAGUGGUCCACAAGGGAGCCAAGGAGAGCGUGGUGAUAAGGUUUGUAGUUAGGACCGCGUACACUGCAUGAUAACAAAACUGGUUUGAGUAAUAAGCCAAUUCGCCAAUUCGUAGUUUCCACUGCAUGCGCAUCCAAAUGACGUGUUUUGCGUCGGGAGAACUUGCAGUUGCUGAGAUUGGAAGAAUUAGAAUAUGCAUAUCAAAGUAUUCAACUGUUCAAUCAUCAUUUAAAUAUGCAAAUAUAAAUAAAGCCGAAAGUCAGCCAUUACUAAGAUAUCAACUGAUAACAUUUCCAAAGUAAUGGUUAAGAUUCAUUGCUUGAGAUAAAGGUAUAAAGACGUUUUGCAAACAAGUUAACAUCUUCUCCGUACGUUUGGGCCCUUAUAGUUAUGGAGGAUUUCUAUGGUGAAUGUUGAACUGCCUUUAAUUUUUCAACAGUCAACAAUGGGUUGUGAUUUCCAGUAGGCAGUAUACUUUUCAGAGUAACAAACGAUCUAAACUAAUAAAAAUUACGUAAAAGCAUUGUCAUUAUGAUUCAGAGAAACCAAUGUCAAUUUAAUAUUUAACAAUUAUUGAAUGAGGUUGAGCAUGAUACGAAGAAUUAUCAAGCCCGUUGUGUUAUCACUUCAUGACGUCAUAACGUUGAAUAUGAUUUUUUCAUAGCAACAUUAUGACGUCACUCCGUUAAGUAUUAUGUCAAAACUCCAUAUUUGGUCAGCUUUUGAGUUGAUAUGACGAUUUCGCAGUUGGCUGUUUUCAGAAACCAUGAAUCUUUUAAAUAAAUAAUAGUAUUGUUUUUCGAUACGUCUCGCGUGCAAUGUAUAGUCAAACAAACAGAUUAACCUUAUUGAACAGGGUGAUGAAGGCAAGGGAGGAGACAAAGGUACACGCGGAGAGCGAGGGGAGGAGGUAUAAAUGUUUCUUAUUUUCUUUUUGACUUUUCCAAAUUGUAAUGAUAUAUAUAGUAAUUGUUAUUUUGCACUUCUUGUCUCCAUCCCAAAUUAGGGCGUCGAAGGCGAACAAGGAGCUAAUGGUUUGGUCGGAAAAGCUGGAGAACAGGUUCUGUACCUUUUAAAUUAAACCCGUUUGAAAUAGUUUAAAUAUAUCUAUGAUAAUACAGUAAUUUUAAUCAUUCAGAAAAAUGUAGAUUUUACAGGAUUUAAACAAAUAUGCCGAGAAACGUUUGUGGCUGUUUCGACUUUUGUAAUAGAUGACCUCAGUGACAUAUAGUACGUCGGGGGAGCAUGAGGGACAUGUACUGUACACAAAGAUUUCUUGAAAAUGCCAUAAGAGAAACAGAAGACAUAGCACCCUUUCUAAUGCAAAAAAAAAUCCCCUUAUAUUCGUUGCGCAACUCGUGCCAGUCAUCAAACUUUGUUUUCUAUCUAAAAUAAAAUAUUUUUAAACAGGGUGAACCAGGAUCUCCAGGAUUAACAGGGGAAGCUGGUGCUAUUGGUGAAACGGUUAGUACUAAUCACGUGACAAACAUGUGAACAGGAAAUAAAUAUUAACCUGCUGAGAGUUCCUUCAUACUGUAUUAGUAGACCAGCUAGAAGGUAAUAAAACUUAUUAAUAAUGCAUAAACCAAGAAAUCAGGAAGACGUCCUUUCCACGACACUUUGAAAUUUUUCUGAAGUACUAGUACCUUGACUACUAGUACUUUGAAACUAUGUAAAUUAUAACGGUUGAGAAGUCAGUUCAAAUACGAGACAGAUGACUAUAGUUUACCAGGACUAUCUAUAUAGUUUAGAGUCCGCGUGCAUUAAUAAGGUUUGCCUUUCCAAAAUGUCAUCAUUACUUACAGGGCAGCAAAGGUGAAGUUGGAUAUCUUGGUGAUGUUGGGCCUGAAGGACCCCAGGUGAAAUUAUUUCAAUGGAGUAAAAUAAUCUGCUAGAUAGGACGAGAUAAUAAAUAUAAUCUACAAAUAAAUUAAUAAUACUACAAAGAAUUACAUAUCAGUUAUAAAUAGAAUUCCGACUUUCCAUGAAUGGAGAAAAUGUGGAAAAUGUAUAUUGAGAAAUCAGCAGUAGGUUUUUGGUGUCCCCCGCAUAUGAAAGUGAUUAGCACAUGUGUCCAUUUAUAAUCAGUGGUGGCUUUCGGCAAAUUCUGAUUUUCAUUAUAUAUAAAUUCCAAGAAUUGAAAACAGAAUUUUGUAGAACUUUCAGGAUUUCACUUUUCUACUUUUCGCGAAUUUCCCACCUUUUUUCAUGUUAUGAAAUGUUUUGCCGCAACGAGAGAAAAACAUAUCUUUUUAGAAAAAAAUUCCCAAGUAUUGUUAACUUUCCCAUCACAUGCUCGCUGUCUCAAUAUUCUCACCUUUUUUACGUUGUCUAGUUUUUCAUGAAAAGUGGAUGUCGCAAAUUUCCCACCUUUUUUGCGCUUACCAUUUCUAACGAAACCCGCGAAAAAGGUGCUUUUUUGAAAUUGAACUAUUUAACGUCAGUAAUUAAUACGCCACGCACCCUGAUCAGACGUUUGCAAAUUGAUUGGUUAAUUUAUAGAAAAGUUUUGCGCCAAAAUUCAUUGUUGUGUUGCUGUUCUGCGUAAAUAACGGCACUGUUUAAAACAAUAUGGAGUACAGUGGGUUAAACCAAAUUGUACUCAUCGCACGAUAAGUAAUAUUUUAAAGGAGAAUUUCCCGGAGGUUUUUCAGUAAAUAAUUUCUUCCCACCACUAAUUCUUUUAUCGUUGGCUCUGAAUCUUGGCCUUUUUAUAGAUGUUGUCGUUGUCGAAGAGGUUCGACUUAGCGGAGCGGGUUAAGUGAUGCCCGUGCAAAAGAGGAUGACGGUUGAUAGGAAAUAGGCAAACCAAUUAGUGGCCGAGAUAUACCGCUGUUAACUGGGAUUGUUGGUUAGGUAUUGCAGUUGUUGUUACGGGUUCUCCGUUGACAGUAUAAAACUAAUCGAAAUUUUCAAUUUCUAAGUAUCCAUUUUCCGAGGGUAGAAUUAUUUCUCCUUCCGAAGUGAGAUAUACUCUUCACUAACAUCAAGCUUUAAAAUCAUGGACAAAUUUCCGACGUUCAGUGACUGCGGCCGCAAUUUUAUAACCCUUAUAACCAUAUCUCUGUGCGAUACUUUGCAAUUUGUAAAACAACGUCUGCCACUUGAUGGGAGGGGCACUCUGGGUAAGGCCAUUGUGUGUGGCGUAAUUAUUGGCGUUAAAGGGUUCAUUUUUUAAAAAAGUACCUUUAUUCGCGGGUUUUGUUUAAUUAACGAAAUGGUAAGCGCGAAAAAGGUGGGAAAUUUGCGAUUUCCACUUUUCAUGAAAAACAAUAGACAACGUAAAAAAGGUGGGAAUAUUGAGACAGCGAGCAUGUGAUGGAAAGGUUAAAAUUACUUGGGUAUUUUCUUUUGAAAAGGUAUGUUUUCUCACGUUGUGGCAAAAGGUGGGAAAUUCGCGCUAAUCAACCGGAGUAAAAAAGUGAAAUCCUGAAAGUUCUACAAAAUUCUGUUUUCAAUUUUCGGAAUUUAGUGAAAAUCGGCAGAACUGCCAAAAGCCACCACCGAUUAUUUAUCUCUGCCACCGUUUGUUGGAUUGCGUAAUGUGCAGUUUUCAAUAAACAGUUUGCGCCUAUUCGUGAGAAAAGUGCUUCCAGUUUUCCUCUAGCUUGCAAGCACUGCAAUUUUAUCUCGCAUUGCAGUAACUCUGAAACAAAACGAGGGAUUUUUCGCCACAUUACAUAUUUCACUCAAUUUAUUUCCCAACUUUUAUCGACAUUUCAAUUUUUCUGAGAGAGGAGCCUCUGCCUAUGUGAAUGAAGUAGGUAAGUUUUACUCCUCUCUUAUGCUAGGGUGAGCUAGGUGACCCAGGAGAAGAAGGAGGUGCUGGUGAUAUCGGUUAUGCGGUUAGUAAACACAGCAUGCAUGUACUGUAUAUCAAUAAUACAAUACAUAUAGUUGGCCACUUGCAUUCCUAUUAUAUAGACCGUAAUAGACGAAAUGAGGUAAAUGGAUUGAUUUGUAUUUUUACAAGAUUACUUUGCAUUUGCCACAACCAUUAUUUUCCCGUAGAUCUUAUUUACGGAUGAGUAAAACUGUAAGAGAAGACACGUGGAGACGGUCUAAUUGUGCGCGUUCAGUUUUGAAUCCAAAUAUCUAAUGUCAGAGCUCGAAUUCGCAUUUGACAAUAAGGCUAAAGACCUACCUAAAAUGAUCAUGUUUUGUGAUUGGCUUUCAGAAACAAAAAUAAUCAUUGUUCGUGACUUGUUCUUUAGGAAGACGAUUUCUAUAGUUUUAUUGUCUUUCAUUGUUAUAAUCAACCAACCAGGAGCCUGGAUAGUAUAGGUAGAUGAUGACCCGACAGUAAAGAAUGCUAUAUAUAUUACUUUCAUUUAUUUAUAUUUAGGGUCCUCCUGGUGUAUUUGGUGAAAGCGGAAUAACUGGAGUCGAUGGUGAAAAGGUGCUUUUCGAAUUUUGUACAGUUUUUCUCUCGCCAACGCAGACUUGCUGAAACAGAAAACAAUGUACUAUAGCGUACGAUUCUGAAAAUAUAUAUUUAUAUAUUCACAUUUUUGUUUAUUAUCCUCCGAACCCCUAUUGAAACGCACUGGCAAAUUGCUAACCCUUCUUUGUCCUGAAAACACACUAUGUUUAUUACACUGGAUGGGGAACGAUAGGUGUUCAAGUCAUUAUAAGGCCUAAGGACAUACUAGAGGUAGCUUGAUAUUACCGAUCCUGGUUCCCGCUCUAAGCUAAAUGACCAGUUGAGUAUAAGCCUAAAGCUGUUUAUGUAGAAUAGUGAUAUGCAAUGCCUAUUUCUUAAUAAACCUAUUGUGUGGUACAGGGUGCUCCAGGACUGGCGGGGGGAAUUGGUUUACCUGGACCUCAAGGUGAACAGGUAAGAGGAUGUCUUGAAUUUGGUUUGUUCGUUGUCUGACAAUAAGCCAAUAGUAAAGACGAGACCACUUUGGCUAACGUUUUUGCAAUGUAAACGUCGUGAAGAUCAGAGGCGCCGGAAUAUCGAUAAUUGGGGGGGGGGGCAGAUAUUCGUGUUCUGCCCAAUUAAUUUCUUUUGAAAUCGUUUGUUUUUACAGUCUGUGAACACGAAUAUAUGAAUAUCUGCCCCCGCAAUUAUCGAUAUUCCGGCGCCUCUGGUGAAGAUAUCUGGAAGGAAAAAUGAAAUAGUAGUCUGGCUAUCAGUAAUCACACUGUAGUUGACCAUAGUGGCGUUGUCUCUCGUCUCUUUCGAGAGGAUGACGUUUGAGGUAAACGUGUGCCUCAGUUUAAUAUCAAAGAGAUUUCCUCUAACUAGCACUUCACAUGCUUUGAUUCAAGUGAACAGCAUUUUAUUUCAAAAACCUUGAAAAGUUUGAACCUGCAGCCUAGGCUUGCUUUAUAGUCAGUCUUUCUUUCAGUAUCGCCAAAUCUAGUACCAAACGCGACGAAUUCGCACUUCACAGUCAGUUUUCGACAAAUUGUUGAUGUGUUCUAGGGUCUACAAGGAGUUGAUGGUGACGAUGGGAAGAAUGGAGUUCCUGGACAGCAGGUAUAUAAAUACAUGCGAUGGAAUUACUUGUGUAUAACUGUGUGUACAGCCAGCCUCGUAGCAAAAACACCGCGGAAAAACGUCUGCGCAUGCACCAAAUUAUGAAAAUAUGGCGGGUAAUUUGAAUAUCAAUUUCUAAAACAAAAACAUGCUUAUUAAUUGGUCAAAAAAGUAAAACAAACGAGAAAAUAUAGCAAAUGGGUAGACUAGACAUUAAUUGAAAGCGUCCUGGCAUUUAAAGUAUGGAAUGAAAUAUAAUUCAUGUAAAAAAUGUUGAUUUUAACGGACACGACUUCGAAAAUAUUUGCAAAAUUAUUCAAAACAAAAAUUCAAACUAAAAAGUUAAGAAAACUCUCGAAAAGUUAAGCUUCUUAACCCACUCAAAUUGUAGAAUAAAUCCUAAAGUUUAAUUAUUGUGAACACGCAAAUUUUUUAUAUUUGGCGACACAGUUUUUUUUAAAGAAAUGUAUCUCAAACGAAAAUUCGGAAAUUGUCAUUGCUUAGUUGAUAAACAAAAUGUUUCAGACGAUAAAUUUGUCAACAAUCACCUUUAGUUCAUGUUCUUGUACAAUACAAAUUCUUGAACCUUCUGGCUGUAUUUAUUUCUAGUUUUUAGAAUGACAUGUUUAUUUUUGCGCUUGAAAUCUGGCUGUAAAGACGCACAAUGAAGUCACUCCUUUUUACCGCCAUUUUGAGCCUUCGGAAACGUUCGGAACAACUUCUCAUCAAGUUCUCAAUACUAUUACAGGUAAGGUUGACGCAUGCGCAGACGUUUUUCCGCGGUGUUCGUAGCAAAGCAUUUCAUUGUAUAUAGUAGCGCUGAACGUGCGCGCGAUUGCGCUUUGGGAAUCUCGUCGAUCCCUCUCCAAGCUUAAGGUUGAUUGGCUGAUCUAACCGGAAGCUUCGUUACAAACGUUACAUUUCUCGUAAGAAUAGACAACGUAUAUGAAUUUUUUGGUAUUGUUUGAUUUCCCAUAUUAAAGGAUUGUGAUUCAGGAUGAAUUUCGUUUGAUAAUAAAGGUAUUGCUUUACGAUAAAUAUAAUUGUAUUAUUUAAGGGGUUAUUUGGCACGUCUGGAGCGAAAGGAAAUGCAGGACUGCGAGGCCUAGAGGUAAGUACAUAUUUCAUGUCCUUGGAUUCGAACGUCCAGCCUGGGUUUGCAAAAUUGGCUGAAACGAAACCGCUUGUAGAAAAAGCACGCUGAAAAAUGUGGGAUCUCGGGAUCCUGAGAAACAGUUUCCUUCAGCGUGGUAGCGAAGAGGCUAAAGCAGGGGGGUGUAGUAUUGCAUUUGCCGACAACAUUUCAGCCGUUAAUUAAUAUUUUUCCCCAAAAUAAUUGUUGGCGAGCGAGGGGGGGGGGGACAUACCAUUGCUCAUUAACUUUCUAAUUCAUGUACCGUUUUAUUUCGGUAAUAUUUUCAUAAAUUUAUCAAAAUUUUUGCAAUAACUGUUACUUUUUAAUCCGAGCCACUCGAAUAUUUUCGCUGAUUACGAAAAUUUGCCGAUAAAGUGGUUACUUUGCCGAAAAGACAGUUUCAGAGGGUGUCACACCUUCACACCCACCCCCUAUAGCUUCGUCCCUGGUUUCCUUAGCAAGAACAUUGGGGAACAUUUUCAUAUAUACGUUAUGGGAGAAUCGUUGUAUAUAUCAUUCUUCCGUACCUGUCAUUUGAGUCACGUAAUAAUAUAAGUGCAGCUAUACUUUGUUGUUACAUACAUAAUGGCGUAAAAGUUCGGUCAAGGAACAGGUUUGAGGAACAUUUGAAAAAUGCAAAUUCAAUAUCCGAGGAACAUUAAACACUUUUUCUUUCCAGAAAAAAAUGUAAAUGUUUUUCAUUUAAUCACAACUACCUCUGUAAUGCUUUAGGGUAAUAGAGGACCACGGGGAUCAAAAGGUCGAAAAGGAGUUGUUGGAGAUCGGGUAAGCAAGUAGUUAAGAGAGCUUCUUUCAUGUGCCGCCGUGAUUGGCCGUUUCUAAAUUUGCAACAGGCAAAAGUAAAUAAGAACUAAUUUAGAUGUAAAAGAAUAAUUUACAGAAUCUCUAGGUUUAACAUUCAUUCAAUAUAAGCUGUUUUAUUAUUGAAAUAAUUAUUUUUAAAUAAUUUGAAAUAUCGGUGUAAAAUGUUUUAAAUGUGAAUGUCCUGAUGGAAUCAAAGCAUGAUUUCCUAGAUUUCAUUUUUAAUUCCUGUCCAUAUUCAGGGUAUAGAAGGUGAGGUUGGGCCAGUGGGUGAAACCGGUUUAUCAGGUUCACGUGGACCUGCAGGAAGAGCUGGGAUAAAAGGUGAUCGUGGUGAAUCAGGCCUAACGGUAAGUUGGUCUUUUCCUAUUUCUGGCGACUGUAUAUCCGACAUAACGUUGCAUUUUCAGUGGGAAAUGUUUUCCUGUCUUUUGUACUGAUCAAAACACGCUAUGGUUCAGUAUGGUAUUCAAAGUGUAAUGUUGGUGCGGUUGUACAGGACAUGGUAUUAAACGGUAUAGUAUAUGGUACGGUAUUGUAUUAAUUGCAUGGUAGAGAUACGGGUCUAUAGCAUGCCACAAUAAACUAGUGUGUGACCAACAGCGCAGUAAAUGUAUUUAAUAUCUGUCGUCACCAUACUUACCCGUGUGGAUGGUUAGGUGCAGACGUGGUCAGCUGAUGAUCUACGGAUUUGAGUUACUUGGAUUCAGGUCCGAAUCACGUGGACCUGUCCAUUCAGGACCUGACCACCGAACGUCUGCACCUUAUCACACCGAACUUAGUUCGAUGGAAAUUAUAUUGAAAAUCAAUUGUAAUCAUGAAAAAAAAAAUUUGCUUCUUCUCUGAGCAGAUAACCAUUGCAGUUGGCUACGAAUUAGCUAAUGACCUGAGAGUCUGCUUGGCACUCUCUAUAUCCGAUAUCCUGAGGGCACAUGUCGUACCCAGACUGCGCGCGGUUCCUAUGAUAUUAAUCUUGGUUACUAUGUAACCUCAUUAAAAUGACAUUUAUAAGGGACGCAAAGCCGUAGCGACGGGGGGGGGGAUGGGGCGUGAUAUUAGUUAUUGUGUAAUUUCAGGUGAACUCAUGCUAUGAAUGCCAAUUUUUAGUUGCAUUUCCCGACUUUCUGGUGUCCUAAAUAUUUAAAAUUUUAUUGACGGGGUGGAGAGGUAGGGGGUAAUGCAUUCUCUCGGACGUCUAGUAGAUAUAGACUGUAUCCCAUUGCGCUAAUGUAUCACUAGUCUCGAAAGAAAUAUUAGGUAAUGUAAAACGUAAUUUUAAAAAAAUAUUCGUAGGGAGCAGAUGGACCGGCAGGAGCUGAGGGAACAAAAGGAAGUAAAGGAGACCAGGUAAAUAUAAACCAUCACUUGCAUCAAAAUGCAUACAUUUUUAAUUACAAAUAUAUCACCAAAUGAAUCAUGACUGUUGAAGUUAGGAAGCCAUGGAGCGUCCUUACCACCAUGGUCUAAGAGGCUAACUUCAAAUACAAAAUGUGCGCUUCAAAACUUAUUUGAAUUAAAAAUCCUGAAGUUACUGACCAAAUCCAAAAAUCAUGUGGAGGUGCCUAAACCUGGAGUAACGAAACUAGAAAAGUCCGUGGACCGUGGCUAUACCUCCACAUAAAUAAAAUCUGGGGGCAUGAAAUGAAUAAUGACCGGCAGUAUAUAUUUAGAGCUUAUAGACAGGUGAUAUCGAAAACAAAGUUUUACAGCAAAGUUUUAUGACAAGUGAAACAGUACAUGCACAGAGACACGUCCUUGAGGUAAAAUAAGUUUUCACUCAGUUGCGAAUGCAUGAAUGCUCAUGUAGCUUUGUGGCACAGGGUCAUGGGUUCACUUUCUACUCACGAAAACCUUGUUCGUAAGGUCUGCUUCUGUAACUGACGAAUACUCGAUGAUCUGUUAAUCUGUUGUGUGUAGCUCAAUUCCUAAUAUUUGAAUCGGUGUUUCGUUGCGAAAUCAAAGUUUCUGUCACCAUAACCUUACUUCAAAGUUUCAAACAUAUUUUAACAUUUCCUAGUUUCAAAUAUUAGCUAGAAUAACAACAAUUCAAUUUCACAGGGGAAACUCGGACUUGCUGGUGAAACUGGAACAACAGGCGCACCUGGUGUAAAGGUGAAUACGUCAAAUUAUUUAAGAAGUUAAAGUAAUUACUGUACUUUUUGUUUCAACAUUUUGUCCAUGAUGCAAUUGUUGUUGAUUAAUUAUGACAUUACAUGCAUCACGUCAGUUCCUUAAUACGGAAACCUCUGUUAACGCAUUUAAUUUGUGUUCACAUGAGAAACGUGCCAGACCGACUAGGUGACGUCUCACCUUGCCCCAGGUAGGACUUCAAUCAAGUGGGAUAAACUUUCCAUAUGAACCUUACCGGGACGAACAUUCUUGACCAAAUUAACAGAAUUCACUGUAAUUUAGGCUUUAUUCAAAAUCGGUUCACGACGGUCAAAAAAUCUGGCCCACUGACAUCAUUGCGAAUUUGUAACUUUCAGUAACUCAUUGAGUCAACUGUUGAAGCAUUCGAGUGGAAACGUAAAGAUUCCAGGUACACAGCGCUAUAACAGAGAAUUUAUUGUGCUGUUUUUUUUUCCAUGUGUAGGGAAUUAAAGGUGCUGAAGGAGGAAACGGUCCUGCUGGCAAACCUGGAACAUACGUACGUGAAGAACUUGAAGAAUAUGUAAUCAUAACGUAUGAUUGUAGGAGGGUUUCAGUAUGCCUUAUGGGGCAACAAGAUGGUGGUCAAAUUAUAAUGAAAUGAACUAUAAAAGCGUUUUCCGUUUUGAAAACUGUCGAAUGACCACGACACUAAUGCUAAGUGAAAUCCACCUAAACUCUUUCCUCAAAAUCUGUUUGUAAAUGAGCAACCCCAAACGGCUACGCCUCUUCCAUGGGUAGCUAGUAUUGUAAAAUUAUUGUACCCCCUGAACAAUACACCCUUUCGGCAAGUGUGUCAUUUAGCUACAGAGCCUCGUUUUCGUGUAUGUGAGAUUAGUUAAAUCCAAGUUCCUCAAUCACGAAAAAGAGGCUCUAUAGCCAAAAUGACUUAUUUUCCGGAAACGUCUAUUUCAAUUUACCUUCAAGACGAGAUUAGGACCGGCCUCUGAGUGCUACAUACGAUAUCAGUGCUGAGUUCUACUAUACAUCAUGUACUUAUGUGGCUGGUUGCAUGUAUGUUCAGAGAUUGAUAAGUGUUAAUCAUGGGUUAAACCACUGUUUUAUUUUGUGUGCUCUGCAUGCCUGUUUCGUUAAAAUCUUUAGAAAAUAAAAAUGUCCGUCAAUCCCGAGAUUGAAGUAGAGUAACACAUACACUCUCUCAAUAUGAAUGUUUCAAAAUUUCAACAUACGCUUACACUAAUCAGCUUUGGACUAACUGGCCCUGUUAGUUCACUGGGUCUUUCACCUUGGUGAAUGAUAUGAAGCCUUAUAAUAAACAGUCGAUGUUGAAUUUUGUUUAGGGUCCUGGGGGUGUGAAAGGUAAACCUGGAUUGCCAGGACUUCAAGGUCCUUUGGUAAGUCCAGAUAGUUUUACUAAUAUGUAAUUAUACUAUGUAAUUACUCAAAUUACAUCGUAAUUUAAUACUAAUACUAAUAAUACAAUAUUAAAUUACGAUGUAGUCAUUGCAUGAAAUAUACGUAUACGCGUGCUUGAAAAGUAAAUUAGCUCUUGGAAAUUUAAAAUACUCGGCGUUGAUUUCGUUGAAACAAAUAGUUUUCAUCUUUUCAGUUAGUCAGGUGGCUAUCGUUACUGUUCGAAAAUCACCAAACCUUUCUCACACUGGUUACCAACUCAAAUUAUACAGUAAUAUAUUGCUUGGAAUAAUUUUUCCGGAGAGAUUUUGAGUUUUUUAUAAAAUAUUGUAUUCUAAAGAUUAGAUAUUAUCCUUUCUGCUACGCAAAAAUGGACCAUUUCAGUGAGAGAAUAACUAUGCAAAAAUCAAGCAAAAUGAGCUAUUACAAUAAUCCAUUAAAUUUUAGCCAAGGGUCUGAGCUAACCUAGCUUUGAAAAAUCUGCCCCUAGGCUGUAAGAGACCUAAUGAAUAUUGUAAUUUAUCUUUAAGGGUAGUCCAGGAUAUUUUGGAAGACCUGGCCCUCCAGGCGUUGCAGGAGAAAAGGUACGUCUAGCUUUCGUCAAGGUACAGAGAUACUUUCCAUAAUCCUAUCCUGAAAUGAAACCAGUGAUUAUGGUUGGAUUUAGUGUUAGGUAAAACUAAAAGUUAGGAUUAGGAUUUAGAGUUAGGAUUAGAGCUAGAAGUUAACACAUGCAGUCAGAUCAAUCAAAUUGUUACAUGGAACACAAACUUCUUGGGCUUCUUGGGAUUGGUAUGACCACCAAAUUUGGAUUUUGGCCAAAUUUUCAAAAAGGCUGGACCAGAUCUUCCACUAAUACAGAGAUAGAAAUUCUGCUCUGACCGAUCUGGUCAUUGGAUGGAAUGUACCCUAGGGUAGGGAUUAGUCUAUAAAUUGAGGAAGUAAUAUGGAAAUGGGCCCAAAGUUCAAGUACAGCAUCAUUUAUUUAUGUUGCAGUGGGUUGAAUAUGUAUUUCAAUAGCAUUCGCGGAGUUUUAAAUUGCCGAACUAAUUUCCUUUUACACAUCUUUUUCCAAAAGACAUUUGAGUUUUAUUACAAGCAGAAUCAAACUCAAGCAACGAUUCUAGUCGUAAAUGAAUAAAUAUGUUCUUAUAAUAAAGUCCUGGUCAUUUUAUGUAAAUGUAUUUUGUUACUUUAGGGUGAAUUGGGCUCACGAGGAUACGCUGGAAUAAUUGUAAGUAUUUAAGGUGAUAGAAAUCAUUAAUCGGAUUAUGUAUUAUUACGAUACAUCUUUCAUUUUGAGGAAACACAAAAUUCGUUUUUUUGGGAAAGCCCAGACCUCAAUCAACAGCCAUUAUUUCACUGAAAACAUUCGCGUAUACGGACAUCAUGUUUUGAGAAAUAAACCUAUUUUGUAUUAUUAAUACUGUGUUUAUAUAUUUUAUAUAUCCUUAGAAUAUCUUGUCCUGCAUUAUACGUAUUAUUCGCCCAUGCCAUGGGAAAAAAUAUCCAACGUUUUAAGUAAAAGCUUUUAUCAACUCUGGAAUACAGUACACAAGCAUCAAACACUGUAAAGUUCUAAAAUAUAUUUCUUAUUCAUAUAACUUUAUCUACUUUAUAGGGAAGUACCGGGCCUAAGGUAUGCACAGUACAGUAGAUUUGGACGUUUUUUCUUCGAAUAUUUUGGUUUUUCCUAUAUUUUAGUAUACACUAUAUGACUAUGUUGUGUUUCAAUAAUGUAUUUUACUGUUUUAGGGUCGACAUGGGCUGCAGGUAAGAAGGACGAGAAAUUUGCCAUCAACCGUCUAUCAACUAUAUAGCGCGAUGGGACUAACUGUAUCUUCCAGUCUUCUCCGAAAGACACAUACAGGGUUCCCACGGUCCCGACACUCAUUAUUUACUAAUUUCUUAUUAUUUGUAUGCAGGGUCGACCUGGCCGUCCAGGGCCACCGGGACCUUCGACUACACGUGGAGAGGUACGUCUUAUAAUGUUAGAAUCAGACUAUACGCUUACAUUAGAACAAACAUUUUCGGAUUCGUUACGAAUUUGGGUGUUUUCAUAGCCUUUCUAAUUGAGGUAAAUAUCCGCCAUUUUGGGGGGUAUUGUCUUCCCACGUCAGAGAAUCUAGACAGGCUAAACAAUGUGAAAAGAGACUUUUCAAAGUAGUAACUGCAUGUAAAUUUACACACAACUACAUUCAGUGAUAAAACUUGGGAGAGGCAAUACGCAAGAUGGCGGAAAACAAUUCGUUUGCCGUUUUCUCUGAUGAGCAUGAAACCAAUACAAAUUGCUCACAGAUUUAUAUCCGUAACGUUCGAAUCCAGAGGAGUUUGUGGUACACUUUGUAUCCGAAAAAGUAUAAAUCCGGAAAAAAUUUAUGAUUUUCAAAUUUAUUGCUAUUGCCUAGUGUAAACACGGUUAUAAUAACAUUCCCGCUCAUUCAACGUUUACUGAGACUACAAUCCUGGACAAAACAUCUGCGACACUUCAUUUGACCAACUUUCUAAUAUUAUCAGAAAUUUAGAACCUCCCACUUGCCCUUAACUCUAAAAUAAAACUUGUUAAUCUUUAUAACAAAAAUAUAUAGUAAUUUUAUGCAUUUCAUUCGCAUAGCAAUGGGGCGUGGCACAGUUCCAACAAACUGGUUCUGCGGUGAAAGGAGAAACACGCCCUCCAGGCUACUAUCAAAGCAAAAUGGUAAAAAUUCAAUUCAUGUUUUUAUAUUUGGUUUACAGUUUGUUUACCUGACUAGUUUUACUUGUAUAUUACAGAAAACCAUGAUAGGUGAACUAGAAAGCAAUAGUAUUUAUCACAGUAUCGACGAAAGCAAUAUGGUAUGUACAGCACAUCGUUCUCGAAUUUAUAUAAUAUAACGUCACUACUAUACUGAUAAUAAAAAUGCCCACACCACAUUCCUAUUGGCUUGUAAAGCAGACACGAAACUCUUCAGGCCCAGUCUGCCCUUGGCGUUCUUGGUGCAUCAACCGUCCUCCUUGUGGAGGUAAGAAGCCUGGGAACGAGGUUGGGUCUGCCUCAUCUCCGUUUCUGUCUGGUGUUGUCCAGUGCAACGCCACAUGCAUGGGCAUACCGGAAGGAAAAAUUUAGGGGGGCGGAAAGAAAAUUGCCCGACUUUUCGGGAUUGUGCCCGACUGGUACCGAAAAAUUUUUUCCGGAAAAAUUAUUUUGGCGACCUCCCCCUAACAAACCGGGCUACCGCCCCCCCCCCAACCCUGCCGGCACGCCUAUGGCCACAUGCACAUUUAGAAUCCCCACCCUCGCGGCCUUAGCUAGGAUAAAAUUUGAGUUGAAUGAUCGAAUUGAAUAACAAGUAGCUGUGACUGUUUAAUCAUCAUUAAUGUAUUCGCAAUAUCAAUGUCCAACGCGCAGCAUAAACGAUUUUAGUCGGCCGACUAAAAUUAACUAAUUAAUGCUUCCGUGGUCGGUGUUAUGUUCAAGCGAUAUUUUUUGUCAAACUGUUCUGGCCGAUUCGGUCCGCAUGCGGCUUGUUCCGAUUUUUAUUGAUCAAUCAAUCGGUCAGAAUUUAUCCUGCGAUCACAUGAUUUUUCAUUUUUAUCACAUUUUGAAUUUAGCGAUGUAGUCAUGCAGUUGUCUGAUCGUUCCGAUCAGAUCUAGGCGUUCCGCAUAUUCAUAUCUAUAGUUCCAAACAUAGUAACUUCUCAUUUCCAGGUUAAAAUAUUAAUUGAUGUCAAUGGUGCUAUGGCAGACAUUGAUUUGUACAAACAUGCAAAUGGAAGCAAAUUGUUUCCUUCGAGAACGUGUAAAGAUUUAAAAAAAUCACAACCUGCGUUGAAGUCAGGUAAUGUCAAUAACAAUAGCAAAAUGAACAGUAUAUCUACAUUUUUUAUGAAAAUAAUUAUUUCAAGAAUUAGUGUGAAUACUCAAAAAGACUAAAAACAACUACCAUAGAUUUUUCGAAGAGAUUGGCUCUUUCGUCAUGAGGUAAGUUCGGAAAAAGCAGUGUAUGUCAGUUUAUUGUAUUACAAAACCUACAAUGGACGCCUAUACGUAUAUAGGCCCAAUACAUAUACAUACAAAUUUUAUUGACCAUUUCCUCGGCCUCAUCCGAAUCAAUAGAAUAUUAAAGCUAAUCUAGUUACGAUGAUAAGUAUAUAUAUAUAACUAUGAUUGUUCAAAAUUGUGUUCCGGUAAAGGUUGGUUUAAAAACCUCUAUUGACUUGCUAAAUUUUAAUUUCAAGCAAAAGCAGGUUCGACUUUAUUUUAGCAUCAUAUAUGUAUACCAGUACAUGUUUGUUUUGUAGGAAAAUAUUGGAUUGAUCCAAAUGGUGGAGUACCUAAUGAUGCUGUCUUAGUCUUCUGUGAUUUUGAAACUUUGUCUUCAUGUAUUUUACCAAAAAUACCCAAGGUAGGACAUUGAAGACCAAUUUUCAUAAAGGUCUAUAUCGUUUGUAACAACUAUACAUAGUUGACAAUGUAUGUUUUCUAAACAUUGAAAUGAACAGAAUAAGUUGAAUAACUCCCCUAUCCAAAGUACUCUUGUUCACAGAGUAUGCCAGACUGUCUGACUGUGCCUAGUGGUCGUUGGAACCUUCUGAUAUUUUCAGGCCGACACGUUUUAACACAACGGUUAACAAAAACGGUUCCCUCUAUCUAUACCAACACUGCGGCAGAGGCUGUUCUACAAAGCUUGUCGUAUAUCUUUAUGUUAUUUGCCGUUCCGCUAUUUCUUUGUUUACCUUUAGAUUGAAAAGAAAAAGUGGUACACGGGUAAAGAUCGUUAUAUUUGGGUUGGCUGGGAACUUGAAAACUUUGAAAAGGUAAAAGAACUAUUUUGUUUGAAAUGAAACAUGCAUGCGAAGCUAUAAGUGAAAGUAUAAGACUGCUUCCAUACAAAGAGAAAACGUGUGCUUUUUUCUGAAAAUACAAAAUUUUAGGAAACUAAACGAUGGUGGGUACCAAGUACAGAAACUACGGUUAUAGGCCAGUCCAAUAUUUUCUGAGAAUCAUGCAUGCAUCUCUCUAAAGAAAAGGAAGCUAAGCAGCAGUUUUAUCUUGUUUCAUAUUCUUCUCAAUCUACUUUAGAUUAUAUAUGAACUUGAUGGUAAUCAAAUGAAAUUCUUACAAAUAUUAUCAACGAAAGCAUGGCAAAAUAUCACAUAUCACUGUCAAAAUUCGUUUGCAUGGGCGAAUGAUGAAGACAAACAAAAUAACUAUUUAAAGAUGCUUGGAGAUAAUGAUCUGGAAUACCAUGCAUUAAGUGCGAGAAAAUUUCGACCUGUAGUAGUCCAGGACGAUUGUAAGGUAAGAAAUUAGUUAGGCCCAAAAUAGAAUUUGGCAAAUACAACGACAACGUGCUCAUCAACAAUAGCAUCUUUAUUCCAAGACAACGCGAAUAUAUUGCAUUCCCUUCAGCAUUCUAGCACGCCAUAGUUGUUCAAACUUCUACGUUAUUUACAUCAUUUUCACGGUUCAUGACUGCACUAACAGAGUAAAACUUUCAAGUUGUUGGGGCGUUUAUGUGAAUUCACUCGUUAUUGGUACAUUCAGGGUUGUUCAAAAGAAAGAUAAGUGCUUGUAAAAGUUUAUUAUAUAAUAAUUACAGUGAAACACGCAAUUUGAUUGGUCAAUAUAGCCAUGCAGGAUCAGGCUAUCCUGCACGAGAUUUUCAAAAUGACAUUGUUUCACUGUAGUUAUUUUAUAAAACAAUUACCAAAUGGUUUUCCAAACAGAAUAGCGUGAUCCAUGCACUUGGGAUGUUGCUCGACUUUCGGAAAGCGUAAAAAUACACUCGCCUGCAGCUCGAGCAUUUUUACGCUUUCCGAAAGUCGAGCGACAUCCCGCGUGCAUGGAUCACGCAAUCCUGCACGGAAAACCAUUCAGUACCUUUAAUAAUGUAUGUUUUGGCUCAAAUACAAAAGUAUAAGUAAUUUUUUCUUCUGCUGUCGCCGUUCUGGUUGCCAAACUCACUAACAACUGCCCAUGGACAGCAACGUGACAACGACUGCUAAUAUUUUAGAAACGAAACUAAUAACCAAAAUCACACUGGAAUUUUAGACAUCGUCCAUGCUCUCUAUUUGCAACAGAAAACACAGAUUUCUACAUUCAAAAACGCCCUAGAAAUAACCAUAUUUGGGUUAACUUAAUAUUCCUGUUUAAUUUUUCUGGUUAUUUCAACCAGGACUUCCUGCUUAAAUUAAUCAGACUAUUUGGUGGAUAAUUAACCAUCCACCUAACAUAAACUGACUAGUAAUUUUAACCAAAAUGUGUUCAAUAGUUUUGCACAGCGCACUUUUUCUGCGCAUGAUUACUGCGCAUCAUAAAUGAUAUGUGUUUUGCCGUUUUCACACGACGUUUCUAAAAACGGUUAAAUUUGUAACAAUUUUAUUUCAGGACUUAUGGCCACAUUCACACUGCAAAAAUACUGUAGAUAAACUAGUGGGAAAGUAAAGUAUUAAAAUGUAAAUGUUUUACAUUUUGUCAUAGGUAAAGGAUGGCGAGUGGCAUAAAACAACAAUUGAUGUUCGUACGUCUAAUACUGUUCGACUGCCUUUACGUGAUAUUGCUGUUUAUGAUAUAGGAAAUAAAGAUGAGGAAUUUGGAAUUGACAUUGGAGCUGUUUGCUUCGCAUAAAUAAACAUCAUUUCAGUCUUAUUUUGCUUAGAUAGUAAUUGUUUACAAGAUACAUGUUGCAGUAGAAUUUGUUACAUGAUAUAGGUAGGCUGCACUAAACUAUAUAGGCCUAAUAAAUACAAUACUGCUCAGAAUUGUUAACAUAUAUUAAGUUACCGGAUGGGUCCACUGGGCAAUGAAAAACUGAAAAAUAUAAAAUUACAGCUUGAUAUUAUUUGUAUUUCGCCCUCUGCAUUGUAGGUUAUAGUAUGCUGCCCUAUAGAUAGUCACCAUCAUCAUUAUUUACCUCCAUUUCUAUUAUCUUCAUCUAAUAUUACUAAUAGUAAAUUUGUUAAGUUAAUAUUAUUUCCGCUAGAACAAACAAG